GGCUCCGACUCUCCACCUUACGCAAAUCUCUGUUCAUUCUCAUCGUCUCUUCUCUCCGUCAUCAACUGUAAGUAAUAGCAAUUACAAUCAGUUUAGUUUUUAUUCUAAUCUGCUCCUUAACUCGUAGUAAUCCCCUCGGAUUUAGCUAGAAAUUUAGUCUGUUGAUUCCGAUUUCAGGAAUAACAGAUCUGUGUACAUAUAAUUUAUGUAUACGCGCGCGCGCGCAAUUUACGUGUAUUGUCCAGUAAGCUAACUACAAAGAUACUGAAUUGAUUUGAUUAUUCUUGACAUACGGAAAGAAAAAGAAAAAAAAAAAUGAAUACGAGCGGUUGUCUCGGGAUUUCAACAAUGAAGCCCUGUUGUAGAAUUCUGGUUGGUUAUAGGAAUUCCUCUGUAUUUGGAUUUUCAUUUCGGAAGUGUAACCAUUUGAUUGAUGAUAAUUUGUCGAAAUCACAAUUCAAAGUGCGCAGUUCCAGUCGUGUUCGCCGUUGUAGAAGUAAGAUCUUAGGGUUUAGGCGUGUGAAUGAUCCGAAUCGGAAGGCUUUUUAUGUGUCUGAUUCGGUGUGGGGUCAAUCUAGGGCUUUUACCAGCUCCAGCAUUGAUAAAACCAAGCGUGUCUUAGUGAUAGCUAAUGUGGCGUCUGAUUUUAGGAACCAUUCAACUUCUGUAGAAAGCCAUAUUAAUCAGAAAGGAUUUGAGAGUAUUUACAUUCAGGGAGGCUUGAAUGUGAAGCCUCUGGUAGUUGAGAGGAUAGACAGGGGACCGGAUGUGGUGGAUGAAGAGUCUAGGGUAGAAGUAAAUGAGUCAAAGGUCAAUUUAGAUAAUUUAAAACGUUUGAAUGGAGAGGAGAUCUCAAUAUCUGAGAGGGAGGUGUCUGAGAUUGAAAAGGAAGCUUGGCAGUUGCUUCGAGGCGCUAUUGUGAACUACUGUGGAAAUCCUGUUGGGACUGUUGCAGCAAGUGAUCCUGCUGACAAGCAACCAUUAAACUAUGAUCAGGUGUUUAUUCGUGAUUUUGUCCCUUCAGCACUUGCAUUCUUGCUCAAUGGAGAAGGUGAGAUCGUCAAGAAUUUUCUACUCCACACUUUGCAGUUGCAGAGUUGGGAAAAGACAGUGGACUGCUACAGCCCUGGGCAGGGGUUGAUGCCAGCAAGUUUUAAAGUGAAAAGUGUACCUCUUGAUGGAACUGAUGGAGCCUAUGAGGAUGUCUUGGACCCAGAUUUUGGUGAAUCAGCCAUUGGACGUGUUGCACCUGUUGAUUCUGGGUUGUGGUGGAUUAUUUUGUUGAGAGCUUAUGGGAGGCUGACUGGGGACUAUACACUGCAAGAGAGGGUGGAUGUGCAGACAGGGAUAAGACUGAUCCUUAACUUAUGCUUAACAGAUGGGUUUGAUAUGUUCCCUUCUCUUUUAGUGACCGAUGGUUCCUGCAUGAUUGAUAGGCGGAUGGGAAUUCAUGGCCAUCCUCUUGAAAUCCAAGCUCUAUUCUACUCAGCUCUGCGUUGCUCCCGUGAGAUGCUUAUUGUCAAUGAUGGAACCAAGAACUUGGUGGCAGCAAUUAAUAAUCGUCUUAGCGCAUUGUCAUUUCAUAUCAGAGAGUACUAUUGGGUGGAUAUGAAGAAAAUAAAUGAAAUUUAUCGUUACAAGACAGAGGAGUACUCUACUGAUGCCAUCAAUAAGUUCAACAUCUAUCCCGACCAAAUUCCUUCUUGGCUGGUAGAUUGGAUUCCCGAGGAAGGUGGGUAUUUUAUUGGCAAUCUUCAACCUGGUCACAUGGAUUUUAGAGUCUUCAUGCUUGGAAAUCUUUGGUCCAUUGUUUCAUCUUUGGGUACCCCAAAUCAGAACGAGGGUAUUCUGAAUUUGAUUGAGGCCAAAUGGGAUGAUCUUGUGGCACAAAUGCCUCUAAAGAUAUGUUUCCCUGCCUUGGAGUAUGAGGAAUGGCGAAUAAUCACUGGAGGUGACCCAAAGAAUACCUCGUGGUCAUAUCACAAUGGUGGAUCCUGGCCGACUCUUUUAUGGCAGUUCACGUUGGCUUGCAUUAAGAUGAAGAAACCAGAAUUAGCAAGAAAGGCAAUAGACGUGGCUGAGAAGAGGCUCUCAGUAGAUCGGUGGCCUGAAUACUAUGACGCACAUAAUGGGAGAUUCAUAGGGAAGCAAUCUCGACUUUACCAGACAUGGACAAUCGCAGGGUUUCUGACCUCAAAGAUGCUAUUGGACAACCCUGAGAUGGCAUCCAUGCUGUUUUGGGAUGAAGACUACGAGCUUCUUGAGACUUGUGUUUGUGCACUUAGCAAAACUGGUCGAAAGAAAUGUUCGCCUGGUGUUGCCAAAAUUAAGAUCCAAGCUUAAGGGGAAUCCCGUUAUCUCUUUCCGCGUUUAUGAGCAGAAUUAUAACUACUAUAGAUUUAACACGGAGCAGCUGGCUUCUUUGUUGUGCAAAGAAGAAGAUGGAUAAUAACAGGAAAUGAAUGCUAUGUAUUUGUAACAGCAUAAGUAGGUCAUUGUUAGCUAGUAAAUCAUCUGACUGAUGCCAAAAGGUUGAUGAUGGCUGAUAUUUAGGAGAGCCAGCCUUCAACCUUUUUAUUUUUAUUUUUUUUACACAGCGUUGAAACGUUUCAGACAUUUUUUUACGUCUCUGUGGAGCGAAUAAUAAUGCAAGUGAACUUUCAUUA